GAAACAUCGUAUGCAGAUCUUAACUUUUAUAUAGUUAGGGGCUCAAGUCUGAUGGUUUAGUAUCGCUUGGUAUUUUCAGCGCGCACCAACAUGGCUUCAGCGAAACUGCUACUUUUCACGGCAUUGGUGGCCAUCAUGGCGGCCAGGUGCUCUGGAGGUCUCCUUGACUAUAUUUAUCCGACGAUUGUGACGGAGUUCUACAAUCAAGCACCCACCAAAGAGGGCUACCGUUUCAACUUGGAGGAGCCCAACGGCAGCAAGCGGGAGGAGAUCGGUGUCAUUAUGAAUCCCGGCACGGACAAGGAAGAACUGGUCGUGAUGGGUUCUUACUCCGUUUACGAUGAGAAGACUGACACCGACACUGUCACCAUGUACACGGCCGAUAAGGACGGCUACAAGGCGCGCUAUCAGCUGAAGAACCGCAAAUUGAGCCCUGGCGCUCUGAAGUCCGCCGCUGGAUAAGAACUCGGUGUUUUACAAUAAUUUGUAAAUAAAAAUAUAAAACAUUUAAAAACUA